GGGGGCGGCGGCGGCGCCGGCGCCAACGCCUCGGAGGCCGUCUGGGGGCCGCCGCGGGGCCAGUACUCGGCGGGGGCAGUGGCAGGGCUGGCGGCCGUGGUGGGCUUCCUCAUCGUCUUCACCGUGGUGGGCAACGUGCUGGUGGUCAUCGCCGUGCUGACCAGCCGGGCGCUGCGCGCGCCACAGAACCUCUUCCUGGUGUCGCUGGCCUCGGCCGACAUCCUGGUGGCCACACUGGUCAUGCCCUUCUCACUGGCCAACGAGCUCAUGGCCUAUUGGUACUUCGGGCAGGUGUGGUGCGGCGUGUACCAGGCGCUGGAUGUGCUCUUCUGCACUUCGUCCAUCGUGCACCUGUGUGCCAUCAGCCUGGACCGCUACUGGUCGGUGACGCAGGCCGUCGAGUACAAUCUGAAGCGCACGCCACGCCGAGUCAAGGCCACCAUCGUGGCUGUGUGGCUCAUCUCCGCCGUCAUCUCCUUCCCGCCACUCGUCUCGUUCUACCGCCAGCCCGAUGGCGCCGCCUACCCGCAGUGUGGCCUCAACGACGAGACCUGGUACAUCCUGUCCUCCUGCAUUGGCUCCUUCUUCGCUCCCUGCCUCAUCAUGGGCCUGGUCUACGCGCGCAUCUACCGUGUGGCCAAGCUGCGCACGCGCACGCUCAGCGAGAAGCGCGGACCCGCGGGCCCCGACGGCGAGUCUCCGACCACCGAGAACGGGCUAGGCGCGGCGGCGAUCGUAGGUAUUGGAGAGAACGGGCACUGUGCGCCCCCGCGCGCUGACGUGGAGCCGGACGAGAGCAGCGCGGCCGAGAGGCGGCGGCGGAGGGGUGCACUGCGGAGGGGCGUGCGGCGGCGCGAGCCCGCGGCUGACGCGCUGGGGCCGGGCUCCGGGUCCGCGGCGCCCGAGCCGGGAGCGCUGUCCGCCUCCAGGUCCCCUGGCCCGGGCGGGCGCCUGUCGCGCGCCAGCUCGCGCUCCGUCGAGUUCUUCCUGUCGCGCAGGCGCCGGGCGCGCAGCAGCGUGUGCCGCCGCAAGGUGGCCCAGGCUCGGGAGAAGCGCUUCACCUUCGUGCUGGCGGUGGUCAUGGGCGUGUUCGUGCUGUGCUGGUUCCCGUUCUUCUUCAGCUACAGCCUGUACGGGAUCUGCCGCGAGGCCUGCCAGCUGCCCGACCCGCUCUUCAAGUUCUUUUUCUGGAUUGGCUACUGCAACAGCUCUCUCAACCCGGUCAUCUACACCGUCUUCAACCAGGACUUUCGGCGCUCCUUCAAGCACAUCCUCUUCAGACGGAGGCGAAGGGGCUUCCGCCAGUGACAGAGCGUCCUGGACAGCUGGGGCAGGAGCGAGGUGGCCUCCCCAGAGACCAGGGACAUACUUGGUCUGCUGGGCGCAGGGAAAGGUGCCCUGGCGCUGCCUCCCGGGAGUGGGGAGGAGAGAGGGCCACCCCUUUGCCUCCCCGCUCAGCAAGGGGCUGCUUCUGGGCCUGCAGGCCUAGGUCCAGCUCCUGGGGGCCCUGCAGGGUGCCCCUGUGAAGUUGGGGUGUGACGGCCACCGUGCAGUUGUGGCCCCUACGGAGUGAGAAAGAAGCCUCCCGCAGAUGCUGCCCAGUGUCCCCACGAAGCAAGGGCUG